GUACACUGAUAUAGAUGAGUUGACUGUUGACCAAGUCUUCCGUGAAAUACGAGUGUCCAAGAAGUGGUCAUACUUGUCCUGCUCGAUCUUUCCUGUUGCCUCCUUUUCAAACCCCAGAAGUUAGAUUAGACGAAAUUUAGUUAGCAAAACACAGAAUCAUUGAUGGGUAGAAGUUAAGCAUGCGUAGAUCACUGUUAUCUUCACCGAUUGAAAUUGCAAUUGCAAUUGCAGCUGGGGUGAGUUGCUUGCUGGUGAUGAGCGUGGCUUCAAUACCCACUGCCAGUAAAUGCAUUGAUGGGGAAAGGGAAGUGCUCCUGAAGUUUAAGCAAACCAUUCAUGGCAAACUAAGCUCUUGGGACAGCCACAAUGAUUGCUGCGAUUGGAAGGGAGUUGGGUGCGAUAACUUUACUGGGCAUGUCGUCAAGAUCGAUCUUUCUGGUAUGUAUCUGUCCACGAAAGUUAGACAUACCAGCAUUCCAUUCAUUGAGCUGAGCUAUUUGAAGUAUUUGGAUCUUAGCUCUAACUAUAACUUGCUGGAAAACCAGACCAUCUCAUCAUUGAUGGAGAACAACAACAAUAGUAAUAGUAAUAGUAAUAGUAAUAGUAUGGUUUCCCUUCAACAUCUCAGCCUUAGUCAAAUCGGAAUCAUUGGCAGUAUUCCUGAAAAUUUUGGAAACCGCCUGCCUGCCCUCACACACCUUGAUCUCAGCAUGAAUGGGUUAGAAGGUUCUAUUCCUGAAAUUUUUGGUAAUAACAUGCCUGCCCUAGCACACCUUUAUCUCUGGGGUAAUAGUUUAGAAGGUGCCAUUCCACACUCUUUGUUCAAUGUGUCAGCACUGUACCUUGCUUGGAAUAAGUUCACUGAUCUCAACUCCCUGUGUGACAUUAGGGCAGCUGCUGCUUUGCGGAUUUUGGAUAUCUCAUUCAAUCAACUUUCAGGAACGCUUCCGGAUUGUUGGUCAAAUCUCCCUAGUCUAGCAUUUCUCAACCUGGCAAACAAUCACAAUCUGUCGGGGAGUCUUCCCACCUCCAUUGGUUUAUUGGCUUCCCUGGAGGGAUUGCAUCUUGACCACAACAAUUUUACAGGCACUUUACCAUCAUCCAUGGAAAACUGCUCCAGCUUGGUAGUUUUACAUUUGGGACACAACAAGUUGUUAGGACCAAUACCAGAUUGGGUGGGUGAAAAUCUAACACCGCUUACUGUACUUGUGCUAGGAUCCAACCACUUCAAUGCAAGUGUACCUACAAGUCUGUGUCGUCUCCGAUCACUUCAAUUGUUGGACCUGUCCGUGAACCACAUCUCAGGGACACUUCCUGACUGUCUUGCUAAUCUCACUGGAAUGACUGUCCAUGAACCACAUCCCAAUGCCACUAUUUCUUAUGGAGGCGUUAGCCAAGGUGACGCAAUAGAUAUUGUAUGGAAAGGUCGGGUCAUUCAACUUCAAACUACACUAGGACUCAUAAAGAGCAUUGAUCUAUCAUCCAACAUGUUGAGUGGUGAGAUUCCAACUGAAAUCACAUCGCUAGAUGGAUUGGUUUCAUUGAACUUAUCACGAAACAAUCUAAGGGGCCCGAUUCCUCCAAGGAUUGAUAACUUGUCAAACUUAGAAACUCUUGAUUUGUCUCAUAACCAUUUGUCUGGUAGCAUUCCUCGAAGCCUUUCCCUGAUUCAUCGCAUGAGUUUUCUCAACGUAUCCAACAAUAACUUAUCAGGAAAAAUCCCGGAUGGCACUCAACUUCAUAGCUUUGAUGCAAGUACAUACACGGGGAAUCUCGGGCUAUGCGGAGAUCCACUCCCUAACAGCUGUCGAAGAGAACCAACUCAUCCUAAUAUAGAAGAAGCGGAUAAGUUUUUUUGCCAUGACUUUUACGCAAGCAUGGGGGUUGGAUAUGCGGUUGGAUUUCUGGGAGUUAUUGUGAACAUGCUAUUCAUCGGGUCCUAUAGGUUUGCAUAUUUCAAACUCCUUGAUGACUUUGCUAAUUGGGCUUAUGUUGUGGCUGCAAUCCAUAAGGCAAAGUUUGUGAGAAUACUUGGGGGUUAAUAGAUCAGGCUAAACACCUUUAUUUUACAAGAGCAUUUUUUGCCCUUGCACAUGCUCUAAGAAGACAGUAACAAAUAUUCUUUUAUGAAUGUACUCUCUUAUUGUUUUUCUGAUGUGCUUCAAAUUGGAAUAUAUGUCAUAGGUGUUGAGGAAGAGAUUGAAUGAGUGGAAGAAAAAAUUGCUCAGAGUGUAAAAACACAGUUCAUGACCGAUGCAAUAAGAUGUGAUUGGUGAGGAUCUCGUCAUCUAUAGCCAAUAAAAUUUAUUUAUAUUACCUAUUUUCAAAACUAAAAAAAGAAAUUAAAAAGGACCAAAAGCAUGUCCGGUUAAUUACUCGUAGCACAUAGAAAAUUGAAAUGAUGAAAUAAAAAAACUGUCAU